AUGCCCAUCAGCGGCGGCUUUGGACCAUAUGACGAGGCUGUUAAGCGGAUCGAUAGUGCCCGGGCCGCAUUGUUCUCAGUCCUCCUCGGUGCCGUCGGCUCCGUCUCCGCAUUUUCCAAAUGCUUCGCAUUAUACCAGACUUUCGAGGUGUGCUGGCCGGCUGCCGUCUUGGCAGAGAAACGCCGUUCAGGCGAAUCCAAGGAAACUUCUGUCAUGGGUGGUGGAUAG